CCAUACCCGACCCAAUUAUUCAUCGGGGCCAAACCCGAUAACGAGCUUUGGCUUUGACUCCUUGAAAGGCAAACCUCGGCUCCUUCCUCUCCCUUCAUGGCUCUUCGAAAUCUCACCCUCCCAAAUCUCCUCCUCCUUUUCUCACUUUCUACUGUCUUGGCCCAUCUUGGCCAGAAUUCAGGGCAGCACCCUUUGGUUUUGAGCACCUGGCCCUUCUUAGAUGCCGUUAGAGCUGCCUGGAGGGCCGUCGAUGGCGGUUCCUCCGCCGUCGAUGCCGUCGUGGAGGGCUGUUCUGCUUGUGAGGAGCUGAGGUGUGAUGGUACUGUCGGGCCUGGAGGCAGUCCAGAUGAGAAUGGAGAAACUACAAUCGAUGCUCUGGUCAUGAAUGGGACAACAAUGGAGGUUGGAGCUGUUGCUGCAAUGAGAUACGUGAAAGAUGGCAUCAGAGCUGCAAAGCUAGUCAUGGAACAUACGAAACACACGUUGCUUGUUGGGGAGCAGGCCUCGGUCUUUGCCAUUUCCAUGGGGCUUCCAGGACCCGCGAACCUUAGUUCAUCAGAAUCUAUGGAGAAAUGGGUUAAAUGGAAACACAAUUCGUGCCAACCCAAUUUUCGGAAGAAUGUCAUCCCUAUAAAUGGCUGCGGCCCUUACCAUCCAACCAAGAUAGCAUCCGCUGAAGGUGACAAUUCUUGUGGAAGCUCCACUGAGAGGACAUGUAGCGGUGGCAAGCCGUUGGGAGAUUUUGCAUUGAACACUAAUUGUGUCAGUCGUGACAACCACGACACAAUUUCCAUGGCUGCAAUUGAUAAAGCGGGACACAUUGCAGUCGGUACAUCAACAAAUGGUGCUACUUUUAAAAUCCCUGGGAGGGUAGGCGAUGGACCAAUAGCAGGAUCUUCAGCAUACGCCGAUGAUGAAGUUGGUGCUUGCGGUGCAACUGGGGACGGUGAUAUCAUGAUGCGCUUUCUUCCAUGUUAUCAAGUUGUGGAGAAUAUGAGGUUAGGGAUGGAACCCAAACGCGCUGCUGCUGAUGCAAUAUCACGAAUUGCACGUAAAUACCCAGAUUUUGUUGGAGCUGUUUUCGCUGUUGAUAAAAACGGCAUCCAUGCAGGAGCUUGCCAUGGCUGGACAUUUCAGUACUCGGUAAGAAGCUCAGACAUGAAGGAUGUGCAAGUUUUCAAAGUUUUACCUUGAAAUGGCAAUGGGAAGUCUGUUGAAGCGCCACUGCUUAUGGUAAUGGAGCAUUGAGUGGCUUUGUUUGUGAUGCUGCCUCUAGCAUCGGAUGUGUAUGCUGCAAGACUAAAAAUAAUAAAUAUUCUUUUUCUAUCAUGAAUA